GACUUUGUCAGGCUUUAUCCGGCUCCGGUUUGUCGGCUACAACUUCAUAACAUUUUCAGUAGUCAACUGACUGAGAUAGAAGUUGGAUACCUUGAAGUUUAUUGCUCGGUGGAAACGUUGUUUAUUCUGGAUAAAACAAGGCGUUUUGAUUAGGACAGCUGUCAUUUUGAAGUUCGUUUCAAUUGACACACAGAUGUCAGUGAAUGACAGUCUGUUUCUCAUUUGAGCGUUAGUGUACGACACCGACUAUUCAGAACCCGCUGAGAUGGCAGUCUGAUCAUAGUCUAACUAAGCCCGAGAGCGGCUGUAGACCGAGCGAGGGAGUGACGGACAGAUCAAGUCUCCAAAACAGAAGAUGGGUGAAAAGGAGGAUGAGAGGAGUGCCCAGGCAGGGCAACUCUUUGAGAACUUUGUCCAGGCGUCCACAUGUAAGGGCACUCUGCAGGCCUUUAGUAUCCUAUGCAGGCAGAUGGAUCUGGACCCGCUAGACUACAGGAACUUCUACAGCAACCUCAAAGCCACAGUCACCAAUUGGAAGGCCAAGGCCCUCUGGACCAAACUGGACAAGAGAGCCGGCCACAAGGAGUACAAGAAAGCCAAAGCCUGUGAGGGCACCAGGUCUUUGAUCAUUGGCGGAGGGCCCUGUGGCCUGCGCACAGCCAUCGAGCUGGCUCUGCUGGGGGCCAAGGUGGUGGUGAUUGAGAAGAGGGACACCUUCUCCAGAAACAACGUGCUCCACCUGUGGCCCUACACCAUCCACGACCUCAGGGGCCUCGGGGCCAAGAAGUUCUAUGGCAAAUUUUGUGCCGGAGCCAUAGACCACAUCAGUAUUCGCCAGCUCCAGCUCAUGCUGCUGAAGGUCUCCCUCAUCGUGGGAGUGGAGGUCCAUGUUAAUGUGGAGUUUGUUAAACUGCUGGAACCACUGGACAACCAGGAGAAUGAAGGGCUUGGAUGGAGAGCUGAGAUUAGACCAUCAAACCACCCCCUCACUGACUAUGAAUUUGACGUGGUGAUCGGUGCGGAUGGACGCAGAAACACGCUAGAUGGUUUCAAGAGAAAGGAGUUCCGGGGUAAGCUGGCCAUCGCCAUCACAGCCAACUUUGUCAACAGGAACACCACGGCCGAGGCCAAGGUAGAGGAGAUCAGCGGAGUGGCCUUCAUCUUCAACCAGAAGUUCUUCCUGGAGCUCAAAGAGGAGACAGGGAUUGAUCUGGAGAACAUUGUGUACUACAGAGACAACACACACUACUUUGUGAUGACUGCAAAGAAGCAGAGUCUGCUGGACAAGGGGGUCAUCAUUCAUGAUUACAUUGAAACAGAGAAGCUGCUGGGCCAAGACAACGUGAACCAGGAGGCUCUUCUCUCCUACGCCCGCGAGGCGGCCGACUUUGGCACCAACUACCAGCUGCCCUCUCUGGACUACGCCAUCAACCACUGCAACCAGCCCGAUGUGGCCAUGUUCGACUUCACCUGCAUGUGCGCCUCAGAGAAUGCGGCGCUGUUCAGGGAGAAGUGCGGACAUAAGCUACUGGUGGCUCUGGUGGGGGACAGUUUAUUGGAGCCCUUCUGGCCCACGGGGACAGGCUGUGCUAGAGGGUUCCUGGCUGCCUUUGACACGGUGUGGAUGGUGAGGGGCUGGGCGCAGGGCAAGACCCAUCUGGAGAUCCUGGCAGAAAGGGAGGGCCUCUACAGGCUAUUACCCCAAACAACGCCAGAGAACAUCUCAAAGAACUUUGAUCAGUACACCAUAGACCCGGUAACACGGUACCCUAACCUCAACUCCAGCUGUGUCAAGCCACAUCAGGUGCGUCACCUGUUCAUAGACGGGCAGCAGGACAACUGUCCUCUGGAGCGGGGUGGACCCACACGUAGUUCUGUCAAUCUCUCCAGACGAGAGUCGGACAUCCGGCCCAGCCGCCUCCUCACCUGGUGUCAGAAGCAGACACAGGGGUACAGGGGUGUGGACGUCACCAAUCUCACCUCUUCCUGGAAGAGUGGCCUAGCACUCUGUGCUCUUAUACACCGCCUCCGGCCAGACCUCAUUGACUUUGACUCCCUGAAUGAGAAGGACUCGGCCAAGAACAACCAGCUGGCCUUUGAUAUAGCGGAGCAUGAGUUUGGUAUCCAGCCUGUGACCACGGGGAACGAGAUGGCUCUGGACCAGGACCCAGACAAGCUUAUGAUGGUGCUGUACAUCUCCAAGCUUUACGAGAUGUUCCGCAACUCGCCUGCAUCCAUCACUGGUACAAGGGAAACGGAUGAGAACAAUGAAGCGACUUCAUCGGUGUCUGCACACUCUGUUUACAACUUAAUGAACCGAACACAGCCCAAAAAAAGGAUCCCAAAGGAUAACGGGAAGCUGGAGGCGAACGACCCGAUGAACAAAAGACGAAGAAAGGGCAGCACCUAUUUAGAGGAGUUGUCCUGUCAGAGUGCCCCCCCUGCAGGUGACGGUGGGGAGCAGAAUAAAGUGCGCUCAAUGGCCACACAGCUACUGGCCAAGUUUGAGGAGAAUGCAUUGCCCGGCAGUCCCCUGCGCAAUAAGUCUGAUUUGAACUCUGACUCUGAUUCAAGCCGUCCUUCAUCUCCUUCUCUGGAUAUGGACAACCCUCGCUUCGCUAAGCCCAAGAAACAGCCCCCUCCCUCGCCUCCACCCCCACGCCCCAAGUGGCAGCCGUCCAUCUAUAUGCGACUCUUAGAAGAGCCUGCAGCCGUGGCGCAACCGACUCCCCUUCACGUUCCAACAAGGUCCUGGAGUCCUCCUCCACGUGAUGAUCAAACACAAGCCUCUCCGCGCGCAGACUUGGUGCAGCAGAGAGUGUGGAUUCCACACACCGAAACCCCAGAUGACGUAGAUUACCCAGAACAACCUUCUCCUGGCCCCACAGGGAAGGGCCUAGAGAAGCUGGAGCGAAAGAUGAGCCAGAAAAAAGUGCAAACCAUAACUACUGGGGAAUUUAACAGGAAGAGUAUAAAGGAGAGAGCUGUGCUUCUGCGUUCUAUGUUUCCUGAGUCCGAGACUCCUCUAGUGAAGGAGUAUAAGACGGAUCGAUCUGCCUUUGUUCCUAAAAUCACUUCAAUACACCUUGUCCCUGAACCGUCUGCUCUGUCUUGCGUCUCUUCUCUUUCCCCAACAUCUCCUGUGCAUCAUUACAAGUGCGAUGGAAGUGCUGCAUCAAGUAGACUCAUUCAAACGCCAAUCGAAUGUCCUGUGAGUUAUCAAGCUGAACCCUUCAAGCCUGACAUGUCUGCCGAACAGUGCAAUGGGAGUGCUGGAUCAAGUAUUCAAAAGCCAAUCAUUCGAUUUGAGAGUUACGAAGCUGGCCCUUUAAAGUCCACCGAACAGUGCAAUGGGAGUGCUGCACCAAGCGUAAUGAUUAAAAAAACAAUUGAUCAAUCUGAACGCUGUCCUGCUGAGCCCUCUAUGCCUGCCAAACAGAGGACAGUUGGGAAGGUCUCUUCUCACAUAGGCGCUAGGGCUGAAACUCUAGCCAUCCUUUAUGAAACUGACCACAGGCCUAAUGCCUUGCCGUGUAUCGUGCGGAAGGAGUUCCCUCAGAACCUGGGAGGCAGUGACAUGUGUCACUUCUGCUCCAAGCGUGUGUACGUGAUGGAGCGACUCAGCGCUGAGGGCCACUUCUUCCACAGGGAGUGUUUCCGCUGUGACGUCUGCAGCUCCACACUACGCCUGGGAGGACACGCCUACGACUCCCAACACGGCAAGUUUUACUGCAAGCCUCAUUAUUCUCAGCGUCGGUCCAGCCUACAAAGUUCAAGCAAGUUCCUGAGGAGAACGGAGGACCAGGGACGUCUGACGUCUUCGCUGGACCGGAGUGACCCCUACUCGGCCACAGACAGCCUGCAGAGCCAGCCCUCAGGGCAUCACUACAGAUACACGGGCCUGUUGAAUGGACUGUACACCCGCAUGGUGCCUGAAGUGGCAGAGGAGGAGGCCGUGGACCUGGACAUGCCUGACUCCAACAGGACUGCCGACUCGGAGAAACAGGACAACUCGAAUACUUCUCUCCGACCACAAGAUUCUGCACAAGAGAAGAAAGAACCUUCCGGUUCCAAUUCAUCUCUCCUGUCUGGGAACAGCCGAUGGAAGAGGAAGAUCCGUGCUACUCUCCCUCUCAUCCUGGUGAGGCACUUCUCACAUGAAAACACUACAGAAAAAGAGGAGCCCAUCAUUGAAGAGGCCAACUUUGAAUUCAACGUGAUUGAACCACCACAGGUCUCCCAUGAUGGUCCUAAACUACCUCCAGAUUCUCAGAAUCAGAAUCCAUCGAUGGGUAAAGAAGUGCCUCCUGUCACCAAAGUGCCACAGCUGGAGGAAGCAGUCGGCCCAAAGAAGAGGCUGACCCUGUCCCUGUCUGAGAAACAGAAGCUCCUAGACUGGAACCUGGUUACUCCAGAAGAGGCCCGAAGCCCUGGAGGAGGAGACCCAUCCAAACACUCCAAACCUGGGGACCAGAUCCUCCCAUUGCCUCAGGUAGAGGCAGAGCCAGUCCCAGCUCAGGCCCAGCCGGCACCGUCCAUGUUCCAGAUUUGGGCAAAUGCCUUCAGAAGGUCUUUUGGAGUACCAGGGACAACCACAGACUCCAACACAGUUGUCACCAGGAGGAACAACAACGGGCCCACCAAGCCCAGGCCUCUGUCUGACGGCGCCUUCAGCUUUAGCUCCCUGUUUGGGGCUACUGCCCAAAGCCAGGAGGCCGAACCAGUGGGAGUGGGUCAGAAGAGCCAGCCGACCCCACACCCAUGCAAGGCCUCCAUGGGUGAUAGACCCGCAGACCUGCCCAUGCUACUGGACCAGGUGUCCCUAGGCAGCAACAAGUCUGUGGGAUCCUUCACCACAGACGACAUGGCCUCACUGCCGCCCAGGAAGCUCAACUUCUUCUCCUACCUUAGGCUGAAGAAGAGAGAGGGGCCGGAGAGCGUGGGAGCGGGGGUUCUGGAGAAGGACAUCAGGAACAAAGCCUCCAGCGAACAGCAGAAGGAUGAGUCCAACUCCUCAAGUGACGAUGAGCUUGUCCCAGCCAAACCUUUGUCCCAGCCGAAGACCCAUGGGAGCUCAGAGAGACAGAGGAGGAGGCAGGAGGAGACUGCGAUUCAACAGGACAAGAGAGAGCAGCUGAAGAGACUCCACAGAGCCCAGGUCAUACAGAGGCAGCUGGAGGAAGUGGGGGAGAAGCAGAAGGACCUGGAGGAGAGAGGGGUGACCAUUGAGAAGGUCCUUCGAGGCGAAUCCCCAGACAAAGGUGAUGGUCUCUCUGAUGAGCACGAUCUCCUUCAACCGUGGUUCAAGCUGGUCCUGGAGAAGAACAGACUGGCACGCUAUGAGGAGGAGCUGGUCAUAUUUGCUCAGGAACUCGAGCUGGAGGACAGACAGAGUCAACUACAGAUGGAUCUACGAUGCAGGAUGUCCAUAGACGAUUCCAGGAAGAGCUCCAGUGAGCUGGCGGAGGAACAGGAGAUGCUGACGGAGAUCAUGGAGGUGGUGGAGAGGAGAGACACUCUGGUCAGCCUGCUGGAGGAGCAGCGGCUGCAGGAGAGGGCUGAGGACAGAGACCCGGAGAGCCUGGUACUGUCUAGAGGCUACCAGUUCCACUGGACCUGAAGAGAAUCAGCCCUCUGGGGCAGGGAAAAGGCUACAGCACCAUGCAGCUCCACAGGCAGAAGAGACAAGUGACUUCACUACUAGUGACUACCCUACUGGAUUUGGCCGCACGUGGCAUGAUGACCCUUUUGAAUAUGUAUAUCAAUUUGACUUGUCAAUUCCUACUUGAGGACCACACCUCUUAUGGACCUGAGGGUUGUACAUCAAGUGUUUGUUUAGGCUAGUCUCCCGAGACAGCCUUCAGAGAUUACUGUAUGCCUUACCAAGAAAACCUUAAUGUUAUGCAGCCUUAUAAAUAGAAUAAUAUAGAACACUUUUUCAGUUGCACUGGAAAGCACUUAUAAACACUACAGAAACCCAUAGAGUCAGCCUAUCAAAUGUGUUUUCCCUCUCAAAGAAAAAUAUUGCUUAUGUACAGUACCAGUCAAAAGUUUGGACACCUACUCAUUCCAGGGGUUUUCUUUAUUUUUACUGUUUUCUACAUAAUAGUGAAGACAUAAACUAUGAAAUAACACAUAGAAUUUGAGAUUUGAGAUUGUUCAAAGUAUUCACCCUUUGCCUUGAUGACAGCUUUGCACACUCUUGGCAAUCUCUCAACCAACUUCACCUGGAAUGCUUUUCCAACAGUCUUGAAGAAGUUCCCAGGUCGGGUGACUGUGGAGGCCAGGUAAUCUGAUGCAGCACUCCAUCACUCUCCUUCUUGGUCAAAUAGCCCUUACACAGCCUGGAGGUGUGUUGGGUCAUUGUCCUGUUGAAAAACAAAUGAUAGCCGCACUAAGCUCAAACCAGGUGGGAUGGCGUAUCGCUGCAGAAUGCUGUGCAGCCAUGCUGGUUAAGUGUGCCUUGAAUUCUAAAUAAAUCACUGACAGUGUCACCAGCAAUGCACCCCCACACCAUCACACCUCCUCCAUGCUUCACUGCAGGAACCACACAUGCAGAGAUCAUCCAUCUCACAAAGACACAGUGGUUAGAACCAAAAGUCUCUAAUUUGGACUCAUCAGACCAAAGGACAGAUUUCCACCGGUCUAAUGUCCUCAUGAGAGCCAGUUUCAUCACAGCACUUGAUGGUUUGACUGCACUUGAAGAAACUUUCAAAGUUCUUGACAUUUUCUGAAUUGACUGACCUUCAUGUCUUAAAGUAAUGAUGGACUGUAAUUGCUCUUCGCUUAUUUGAGCUGUUCUUGCCAUAAUAUAGACUUGGUAUUUUACCAAAUAGGGCUAUCUUCUGUAUACCACCCCUACCUUGUCACAACACAACUGAUAGGCUCAAACGCAUUAAGAAGGAAAUAAAUUCCACAAAUUAACUUUUAACAAGGCACGCCUGUUAAUUGAAAUGCAUUCCAGGUCACUACAUCAUGAAGCUGGUUGAGAGAAUGCCAAAAGUGUGCAAAGCUGUCAUCAAGGCAAAGGGUGGCUACUUUGAAGAAUCUCAAAUAUGAUUUAUUUUAAAUUUGUUUAACAUUUUUUUGGUUAAUACAUGAUUCCAUAUGUGUUAUUUCAUAGUUUUUAUGUCUUCAGUAUUAUUCUACAAUGUAGCAAAUGUUAAAAAUAAAGAAUAACCCUUAAAUGAGUAGGUGUGUCCAAACUUUUGACUGGUACUGUGUAUAUAUAUCCAUUCAUUCUUGAAGAAUAUAACAUAGAAAUGCCUCAUGAUCUUAGUUCAACUGUCACACUCCAUAAGAACCCAAAAUAUAAGCUUGUUUUUCUCCAAUGUUUGGAAACAAUGUAAAUGUAAACUAACACUGUAUAACCUCAUAACAUGACUAAAACAAUCGUGUUGAUAUCAUGGAUGGUCAUUCCUUGCAUCCAUAGCUCUGUCUGUUAUUCUGAGAGUGGUUACAUUUCUCCAGGCCUAUCGCUCAGCUUUUUACCAAAACAGAGGCGGGAUGGCUGUUUAUUUAUUGUUUCACUGUGGAUUUGCCCUUUUAACAGCUGCAUAUUAUCAAGAUAUCAAAGUGGUGCCAACAAAAAAGUGAAACAAUAGGCCUAUAGCAAAUGAUGCAUAUGGUAUUCAUUUUUCACAUGUAAAUAGCACUUUUCAGUAAUGCUCAAACCAAGCAAUUCCAUGAGAGCAGCAUUUAUUUUCAACUCGAAUCAAUGAGCCUAAUCAGUCCUCCAUGACAACAAAAUCAUAAACAGAGUAGGGCUGGCUAAUAAAUCCUUUGUUUUGGGGUUAUGCUCAGGUAAAACAAUUUGGCAAAUCUAUACUUCCAUAUUUCCAAGUCCUAUUCUUGAAGAUCAAGGGGUAUAACAUUUAUUGGAAUGACUGGAAUUCUGAUAGACUUUGGUUUUUAAUGUAAAGAUAUAAUUUAAUAGUAGAACGUGAUGGGUUAGAAGAAGCCUACAUAACCAACCCAUAAAGUAAAAUUUAACAUCCAUAUAUGACCAGCUAUGUAAAAUUUAACAUUGAUUUAUCCUGCAAUAGAUGUGGUUCAAUUGGUAACAUACAUUUUUGUCUUCUUCUAAUGCCUCUUAAGGGGAAAGUCAUCUAAAAGUAACCGAAUGUAAUCAGAUUACGUUACUGAGUUUGGGUAAUCCAAAAGUUAUGUUACUGAUUACAAUUUUGGACAGGUAACUAAUGGAUUACAUUGAGGAAGUAACUUACCCAAACCUACCCUGAGUGCCGCAGCAGUCUAAGGCACUGUAUCUCAGUGCUAGAGGCGUCACUACAGAUCCUGGUUCGAUCCCGGGCUGUAUCACAACCGGCCAUGAUCGGGAGUGCCAUAGGGCGCCGCACAAUUGUCUCAGCGUUGUUAGGGGAGGGUUUGGCUGGUGUAGGCCGUCAUUGUAAAUAAGAAUUUGUUCUUAACUGGCUUCCCUAGAUAAAUAAAAAUGUAUUUAAAAAAAACCUUGGCAAAGGGUGACUACUUUGAAGAAUCUCAAAUAUAAAAUAUAUUUUGAUGUGUUUAACACUUUUUUAAUUAUUACUACAUGAUUCCAUGUGUGUUAUUUCAUAGUUUUGAUGUCUUCACUAUUAUUCUACAAUGUAGAAAAUAGCAAAAUAAAUAAAAACCCUUGAAUGAG